CCGGCGUGCCCCGCGCGGCUGCGCUCGCAGCGGCCGCUGAGCAGCAGGACCCGCCGCCGCCGCCCCCCGCCCCGCAGCGGCCGUUGCGCCUACGCCAGUCCCCGGCUUCCAUCGCGGCCUACCCCGGCUUCUAGGCAUGGCGCGGCCCCUCGUCCCCAGCUCGCAGAAGGCGCUGCUGCUGGAGCUCAAAGGGCUGCAGGAGGAGCCCGUGGAAGGGUUCCGGGUCAACCUGGUGGAUGAGGGGGACCUCUACAACUGGGAGGUGGCCAUCUUCGGCCCCCCAAACACCUACUACGAGGGCGGGUACUUUAAGGCUCGUCUCCGGUUUCCCAUCGACUACCCCUAUUCUCCGCCUGCCUUUAGGUUCUUGACCAAAAUGUGGCACCCCAACAUCUACGAGACCGGCGACGUCUGCAUCUCCAUCCUGCACCCGCCCGUGGACGACCCGCAGAGCGGGGAGCUGCCCUCCGAGCGCUGGAACCCCACCCAGAACGUGCGAACCAUCCUCCUGAGCGUCAUCUCGCUGCUGAACGAACCCAACACGUUUUCUCCAGCCAACGUGGACGCCUCGGUGAUGUACCGCAAGUGGAAGGAGAGCAAAGGGAAGGACCGGGAGUACACGGACAUCAUCAGGAAGCAAGUCUUGGGCACAAAGGUGGAUGCAGAGCGGGAUGGUGUGAAGGUCCCCACCACAUUGGCUGAGUAUUGUGUGAAGACCAAGACCCCAGCCCCAGAUGAGGGCUCCGACCUCUUCUAUGAUGACUAUUAUGAGGAUGAUGAGAUGGAGGAGGAAGCAGACAGCUGCUAUGGUGAUGAGGAUGACUCUGGCAAUGAGGAAUCUUGAUGGCCCUCUGGCAUAGCAAAACUUGCUGUAAACUACUGAAUUUUACCUCAACUAGGACACACUGGUUUGAAUUUAGGAUCUUUCAGCCCUGAAAUUAACUCUCUACCUCGCAGGGAGACUGUUCUGCUGUUGCAAAGGAAACCCCACCGCUAUCUUUGUAGAAAAAGCAAAAAAAAAGCAAAACCCCUAUUUUAUAAACUUCCUGGGUGGGGGGUGGGUGGGAAGGGGGAAGUCAUAUUGGGGCAGAAACUGUGGAGCUGGUGGCUCUGGCUGCGUGAGGAGUGACAGGAAAGCCUGGUGGUGCAGCCCCUCGUUUGGGCACGUUCAGUUCCUCAUCAGCCCUGGGUGG